AUGAAUAAGCUCAACUCCGCCAAAGCCAAACCCGCCGCCGUUUCCAUCCGCAACGGCCCCAUCAAUGGCGAUGCCUCUCCGCAGGCAAAUGGCACCGGUAAGCGGAAGUCGCGAUCUUCUACCGGCAAGGUGAACUACAAGGACGAUUCCGCUAGUGAGGACGGUCGGCUGGCAAAACGCCCGAAGAAAGUCAAAGUCGACGACUCCGAUGACGAGGUUCUCAGCAAGAGGAACGGCAAGUUGCCUCCUGCCGCCAGCGAGACGGCCUUGCUUGAUGACUCUGACGAUGACCUGCCCUUGAAUGCUAAGCUCGCUGCGAAGAAGAAGUCCAUCGAGAAGAAUGCCGAGAAGGAGGCCAAGGCUAUCCGCAUAAGCGAAUCCAAACUCCAGAAGCCGACUCCGAAGAAGGCAGUCAAGGAUGAUUCCGAUGACGACGUGCCCUUGGCAGGCGCGAAGGGGAAAAAAAGGGCAUCCAACGGUAUCAACGGCAAGGCGAAGACGAACGGUGUGAAGCAGGCCGAUUCCGACUCUGACGCGCCCGUUCGCAAGAAGGCGAAGACCGUCGCUAGCAAGACCAAGGUAAAAGAGGAGAAGUCUACCCCUGUCAAAAAGGCCGCGGCCAAGAAGGUCAAGAAGGAGGUCAGCGAGGAGCCGGCCGAGGGCGACGAGGAUGGCGAAGAAUACCGUUGGUGGGACGCCCCCAAGAAGGAGGACAAUAGCAUCAAGUGGACCACCCUCGAGCAUAACGGCGUUCUGUUUCCUCCGCCCUACGAGCCCCUUCCCAAGAAUGUAAAGCUCCUCUACAACGGCACCCCGGUCGACCUCCACAUCGAGGCCGAAGAGGUCGCUGGCUUCUUCGGAUCGAUGCUCCACUCGACUCACAACGUGGAGAAUCCCACCUUCCAGAAGAACUUCUUCGCCGACUUCAAGGAAAUCCUUGACCAAACUGGCGGCGCAAGAGACCGGCACGGCAAGAAGGUUGACAUCAAGGAAUUUGCCAAACUAGACUUCAAAGCAAUCUUUGAGUAUUACAACUCGAAGAACGAGGCGAAGAAGGCCCGUCCAGCCGCCGAGAAGAAGGCAGAGAAGGCAGAGAGGGACGUGGUUGAAGCCCCGUUCAUGUACUGCAAGUGGGAUGGUCGUAAGGAGAAGGUGGGCAACUUUAGAGUUGAACCUCCCGGGCUCUUUCGCGGCCGUGGCGAGCACCCGAAGACCGGUAAAGUCAAGAAACGAGUGCUACCCGAGCAGAUCACAAUCAAUAUCGGGAAGGAAGCACAAGCCCCGGCGCCCCCCGACGGUCACAAGUGGAAGGCUAUCCAACACGACAACAAGGCUACGUGGCUAGCGAUGUGGCAGGAAAACAUCAACGGCUCAUAUAAGUAUGUCAUGCUUGGCGCGAACAGCGCCAUCAAGGGCCAGAGCGACUACAACAAGUUUGAGAAGGCCCGAGAGCUCAAGAAGUACAUCACACGAAUCCGCAAGGACUACACGAAGGAUCUGAAGGCAGAAUCCAUGGCCGACCGGCAGCGCGCUACGGCUGUCUACCUGAUAGAUAAGUUCGCCCUAAGAGCAGGCAACGAGAAGGAUACGGAGAACGAGGCCGAAACCGUCGGUUGCUGCUCGCUCAAAUACGAGCACGUCACCCUACGAGAGCCCAAUACUGUCAUUUUUGACUUCUUGGGUAAAGACAGUAUCCGGUUCUACGACGAGGUCACCGUCGACCGGCAGGUUUUCAAGAACCUCCGGGUAUUCAAGAAGCCUCCGAAGAAGGAAGGGGACGAUAUCUUCGACCGCCUCACCACCACUCAGCUAAAUAAGCAUCUGUCUUCCUACAUGCAGGGGUUAACCGCGAAGGUCUUCCGUACUUACAACGCUUCCUGGACGAUGGCGAACUUGCUCCGGGACCUCAAAGUGUCGAGCGCCACCAUGCCAGAGAAGAUCAAGCUAUAUAACGACUGCAAUCGGGAGGUUGCCAUCCUCUGCAACCACAAGCGGACCGUCGGCGCCGGCCACGAGGCACAGAUGGAGAAGCUCGGCGAUCGCAUCAAGGGCCUCAAGUACCAGAAGUGGCGAAAUAAGAUGAUGCUCUUGGAUGUCGACCCGAAGCAGAAGAAGCGGAAGGGGGCCGAGUUUUUCGAACUAGACCCGGAGCUUGACGACGCCUGGAUCCAGGAGCAUCAGAACUUCCUUGUCGAGGAGCAGCGGACCAAGAUUCAAAGGAAGUUUGACAAAGACAAUCAAAAGCGCGAAGACGACGGCAAGAAGCCGAUGCCCGAUAAGGAGCUCAAGGAACGCCUCCAGGCGGCGGACGAACUCGCGAAGAAGUUCAAGAAGGAGAACAAGACCAAGAAGGUCGUGGCCGAGGGCAGAGGGCCGACCGUGGAAAAGAUCGAGGGUAAUAUCCAGAAGAUCGAAGAGCGGAUUCGCACGCUCGAGCUCCAGGCGGCCGACCGCGACGGCAACAAGGAGGUUGCUCUCGGCACCUCCAAGAUCAAUUACAUUGACCCCCGCCUCACCGUAGUGUUUUCCAAGAAGUUUGACGUUCCUAUUGAGAAGUUCUUCUCUAAAACCCUACGUGAGAAAUUCAACUGGGCCAUCAAGUCGGUGGAGGACGACCACCAGUGGGAGUUCUAG